AUGGGCGAUUCAGAAAAAGAUCCUUUUGCACCGCGAAUUAUACGGACAAUGAACACCCAAUCGUCAAAUGGUUCGAAUCCCCCUUCCAGUCAACCUUCUUCCAUGUCCCACUCGCCUGCAAAUCUUCAACCUCGGCAAGGGUCUACUACUAGCAUGAUACACAACGUUCCCAGUUUAUCUCCCACAAAUUCAUCUGCAACGCCCUCAACGAACUACCGCGUUGCUCAGGCGUGCGACCGAUGUAGAGCAAAGAAAACUCGGUGCGAUGGCAAAAGGCCCCAGUGUUCACAGUGCGCCGCUGUAGGGUUCGAAUGUAAGGUAAGCGAUAAAUUAUCACGUCGAGCAUUUCCCAGAGGCUAUACUGAAACGCUGGAAGAGCGCGUUCGAGAACUGGAAGCGGAAAACCGCCGUCUUGUCGCCCUCUGUGACCUCAAAGAUGAACAGUUGCAGCUGGUGUCGAGAUACUCUUCAAAAUCUCGACCAAAUACUAUUUCCUCUUCUGAGGAUGAUCAAAUGCUGCAGCAACUUACUUCCUCCAAUGGUGGUUCUUUGCGUGUUAGUUCCACAAAUUUAUAUUUGCUGAACAAAACGUCAUCAACAGACAAAGAAAUCGAGGGUUCUCAUUUGUGUCAAGGAACAGGCUGUAGCCACGCUUCGCAUCCACAUUUGCAUUUCAAGCCCGUGAGUACCGCAUUGAGUGACCCCCAAACUAUUUCAUUUGAACAGAAUGAGGCACCAGGAUUGCCGGCUGCUAAGGCACUCAGCUCUAUGACUGACCAUGAAUAUUCCACUCAGCUGGCCUGUCUAGUAGCAUUGUCGAUUCCUCGUUCGACUGAAGAGAUACUUUUCAUUCCCCAGCUUUUAGCGCGCUUGGGAAAUGUACACGGUUUGACGUCUAAGCAAUGUAUUUACAGUGCUUCAUUACUAGCCGCACUCAAAGAACCAUCUCAAGUCGUUGUGCCUUAUACAGAUGCACUUCGCCAGCUGAAGGAUAAAAGUCUUUGGGAGAUCGAUGAUCCAAUGGAAUUUUUUGUUUCAAGCUGUAAGUUGAACCUCAGUUCUAAUAACGAUAACGAGUCAUUAUCAGUCCCAGAGAUUGAAAAUCUUAUUUCCUUAUACUUUGGCGAGUGCCACGUUUUGAUUCCAAUUUUGAAUGAGAACGAGUUUUAUGAAUACUAUGACAAGUUUAAAACGAGUUUGACGAGCAAGGAUUUUUUUGGUGAGGUCAAUUCGUCCUUCGCACACAGAGGUAAAUCCAUCUCUUACAAAAUAUUUGCCUGUAUUUUGAUGGUGGUGUGCCAAUUUGGGUUGAUGAUAAAAGUUAAGCGCGAGCAACUGGCAGCAUCUCACAAGUUAGUAAGAAUAAUGAACUACUACAAUAAUGCAAUACCUUCUCUGAAGUCAAACCCAUACUUUACAAUCAAAACCACCUCCAUCGAGACACUCCAGCUAAUGUCCUUGCUUCUAUUUUAUUACUUAAACAGUGGAGAUGUUUCGUCUGUUUAUGACGCCAGGGGGAAAAUUAUAUCUAUGUCGCAGCAAUUAAGACUCCAUCGUUGCCCCAGUGCUGUAUUAGGCAAUGAGGGCUCUACAAUGAGCAAGAAUGAACAAGGUGAUCGGAGGCUACUCUUUUGGGGUAUUUAUUAUCUGGACGUUUUCUCGGCUUUGCAAUUAGGUGUUCCUCGAUUACUUAAGGAUCAAGAAAUUGAAUGUGCACUUCCCGUCAGCGAAGAAAGUAAUGUUGGCGUAAGCCUAGCAGACCAAGUGAUAAAGUUAGAAGGCCAGGCUUCAGAGUUCUCUCUAUCUCUUCUACGAUUCUCCAAAAUACUGGGUAAUAUUCUCGACUUUAUAUUCAAGCGUGGCAUGACUGCCUCUGCGACCCAGCAGAUAGCUUUGAUCCAUGAAAAUGCCUUAGAUGAUUGGCGAAGAAGUCUACCGCGGAAUUUGAGGUUUCAACUAGAUGUUAACGGCGCUGUUAGCGCCGAAGACCUCAGCCCGUCGAAUCAGUGGAGCCAAGAAUACCGAAAAGGCGACAAAAAAACACUCAUGGUACUUUAUUUCAUGGUUAAAUGUUUGAUUCAUCUUCCUGUCCUUGCAACUAGAAGUUUAACAGCAGGAUCUGGUGCCGAUGUUGAUAGCGAAGCUAGCUUAGUUUCGGAGGAUCCAAAUAGCUCCUCGGAUCGCUCUUCCUCAUACGUGCUGCUACAGCAAGCUAUCAACACUUUUCUAACGGUUCAAUCGUCUUUGAAAAACCGCUAUUUGCCCCUGCCCAUAAACAUGCCGAGAAUUAAAGCCCAGUCAGUUCUCUUGAGCGCCAAAGGAACAUUAGAUUACACCAAGGGUGGUACACUUUUUCAGGAUAACAAAACAAGAUUGUUCGAUGUAAUAAAGGAAUUAGAACUCACCAAAAGAUUGGAAAUUCCUGGAUCGCUAUCGUGGCAUAGUCUAAUGCUACUAGAUAUGGCAGUGACAGUUAUACUACAGCCUGUCCAGACCAAAACCGAGAAACUAGAUAAGCUGCUGGAGAAGAGGCUAGGUUACUAUAACAAGUUAAUGGGUGGGUCGUCCGCGACAAUGGGUACUAAGAGAAAGCAAGAAGAUUCAAAUACUGGGGGUAGUAUGAAACUAACUCCUGUUAGUUCUGAAUGUGAAUCUCCAGCCGAAAAAAGAGUGAAGAUAGAAGCUGUAAGUAAUCUGCGUGGUAACAGUAACCAUGCAGACAACAGCGACCAAUUGUAUCCCGGUUUUCACAACCAAAAUUUGAACAGUGCUCAAAGUGCGCUCGCAGAGGCUUUUCAUUUCGAUCCAGUGCUCAACAGUAAUCCAUUUAGCAAUACCGACCUAUCGGCCUUUUUCACCACGGAUGGUGGAUUGUCCAACGUUAGCGGUGGCGCAUCGAUCCUAAAUCUUGCUGGGAUGGAGAACUUCAGUGAAGAUGCGGGUCAUAACACUGGAAGUGGUCCAGUCAUGGGCUCGUCUUCCGCGAACCAAAUUCAGACCCCUUUCAACGAUGGCCUGUUUCGAGUGCCUAGCAAUGGUGAUUUCCUCAAAGACUACUAUCGUAUUCCGGGUGCUUCGUCGUCGCAACUAAAUUUGAUGUUUAUGGGAGGGCAUACAGGUGGAAGACCCGGGACAAAUUCUGGCAACAACAGUGGCCAUCGUAACAGCGCGACCCUGAGUGGCAGGGCCUCUGCCGUACCACCACCACCUACCGAUGCUAACACUAAGCCUACGACUGUGAUGGGACGCGGAUCAGGCUUCGCUGUAGAUGCAUCAUUGGGCCUGGCUCCUCUUUUAGGAUGGAGUCCAAAUUCGGCUCAGAACUCCGGAAAUCGUAAUCCCCAUGACCAGCCUUAUGGAAUGUCUUCAAAUAACCAAGCUUUAGCUCGCAACGGGCAGACCUCUGCGCCCCUUUCAAUGCCUCCUGUAUCGCAACCUCAUCAAUCCCACGACAAUACUCAAGGGACCCCUGACGACAGUGCGAUUACGAUGCCCUCGAGACCCCACCGUGGUCCUCGACGUCGUUGGGACUCCACAUACCAAUCAUCGCAACAGCCUAAACCUGAACAAGAAAGUGUUAAGAGCAAUAGCGACGACAAUCUUCAUGACCUGUUCCAAUGGCAGAACUCCGGGUAUUAA